ACUAUGUAAUCGCUAACUCUCCACGAGAUGUAAAACCCGUAAUUGCAGACAUUGCAGUUGUGUCCGUAUCACUCGCGUCGACUGAUUCGAACUCUCUCGCCAUGUCGCGGUUUCUUCCGCUCUUUUCGCAAGUCGUUAUCCUGUUUUUCUCGGCGCGGGCCUCGUCGGAGGUGAAGGAGCCGACCUGCCAGGACAACGGCAACGUUACAACGUUACAACGUUUCGGAUACAACGUUUGCCACUACAAGGGGGUACUCAUCGAAGUGACGCCGCUAAGUCGUUUCAAGGACCACCUGAACCUCAUGAACCUGGGUCUCUUGGCGAUUCAAGAGAAUGCUUUCAAGAACGUGUCGGCGACAUACUUGGUUCUGAGUAGCAACCAGAUAUCCGUGCUGAAGAGGGAAUCUUUCCGCGGUUUGCCCAACUUGGAGAGCCUCUCCUUGGGCGGCAAUGUGGUACCGUUAUCGGGGUAUUUGUUCGCAGAUUUAAGACGCCUGCGGUUGCUGUCGUUGGAAUCCAACGAGAUCAAUUCAAUACCGAAGGACUCGUUCGCCGGGCUGUCAAGCUUGACAAGUCUCUCCCUGGGUGGCAACGAUAUCGAAGCGAUCGAGGUGGAAUCCUUCUCGAGUCUUAAUCCCGGACUGCUGUACCUUUGGCUCGACAGGAAUAAAAUCUCUCGCGUCGCGCCGGAUUCCUUCGCCGGGUUAACCGAAUUGAAUAGCCUCGACUUGAGCUACAAUCGGCUAGAGGACUUGCCGAGCGGUGCCUUUCGAGGAUUGAACAAGCUGGAGUAUCUUUACUUAAGAAACAAUUGGAUAACAAGCGUCUCCAGGUCGUUCCUUCGCGACUUGGUCGGUCUGAAGCAACUCUAUCUUCAGCAGAACGAGAUCAGCGCUCUCGAGCCGGAUACGUUCAGGGACCUAUCUCAACUGGAACAACUGGACCUGAGCGGAAACAAACUGUCUCACAUUGUAGUCGGCACUUUUGCCGGGCUCUCCAAUCUGGUAGACAUCACGCUGUCCGACAAUGGCAUCCACACGGUCGACAAUGGCACUUUCGCUGAUCUCGUCAAACUGCGAGGUCUCUACUUUGAUGGCAACAACUUCACCGAAAUCGAAAAUGAGUUCCGCGGUUUGCCCAACUUGAAGUACCUCUCAUUGAACGGCAAUGUGGUACCGUUAUCGGGGUACAUGUUCGCGGAUUUGAGACACCUGUGGUUGCUGUCGUUGGAAUCCAACAAGAUCAAUUCGAUACCGAAGGACUCGUUCGCCGGGCUGUCAAACUUGAGAAUUCUCAAACUGGAUCACAACGAUAUCGAAGCGAUCGAGGCGGAAUUCUUUGCCGGGUUAACUGAACUGAAUUGCCUCUGCUUGAACGACAAUCGGCUAGAGGACUUGCCGAGCGGUGCCUUUCGAGGAUUGAACAAGCUGGAGGAACUUUACUUAAAUGACAAUCGGAUAACAAGCGUCUCCAGGUCGCUCCUCCGCGACUUGGUCGGUCUGAAGAGACUCUAUCUUCAGCAGAACGAGAUCAGCGCUCUCGAGCCGGGAACUUUCGGGGAUCUGUCUCAGCUGACACAACUGCACCUGAGCGGCAACAAACUGUCUCACAUUGCAUUCGGCACUUUUGCCGGACUCUCCAAUCUGGAAUCCAUCUAUCUGUCCGACAAUAAGAUCCAGACAGUGGAUAAUGGCACUUUCACUGGUCUUGUCAAACUGCGAUAUCUGUUCUUCGGUGGCAACAACUUCACUGAAAUCGACAAAGAAGUCAGCGGGCUCCCAUAUGUCACAAUUGUGAUUAUAAUCGAUAGUGCACAAAGUGACCAAAGAUUAAUUGUCAUGGAAUGUAUUUUUGUUGCUGUAUACAAAACUCGUAAUUGCAGUUGCGUCCGUGUCACUCGGUUAGGCGCGUCGACUGAUUCGAACUUUCUCGCCAUGUCGUGGUUUCUUCUGCUCUUUUCGCAAGUCGUUAUCCUGUUCCUCUCGGCGAGGGCCUCGUCGGAGGUGAAAAAGCCGACUUGCCAGAACAACGGCAACGUUACAACGUUACAACGUCUUGGUUACAGCAUUUCCCACUACAAGGGGGUCCUCGUCGAAGUGACGCAAAUCGAAGACCAAGACGCGAACCUCAAUCACCUGAACCUCUGGGCGAUUCGAGAGAAUGCCUUCAAGAACGUGUCGGCGACAGUCUUGAAUCUGAGUAGCAACCGGAUAUCCGUGCUGAAUAGGGAAUCCUUCCGCGGUCUGCCCAACUUGGAGAGCCUCUCCUUGAACGGCAAUGUGGUACCGUUAUCGGGGUACUUGUUCGCGGAUUUGAGACACCUGCGGUCGCUGUCGUUGGGGUCCAACGAGAUCAAUUCGAUACCGAACGACUUGUUCGCCGGGCUGUCAAACUUGACUAAUCUCGACUUAGGUGGCAACGAUAUCGAAGCGAUCGAGGCGGAAUCCUUCUCGAGUCUUAAUCCCGGACUGCAGUUCCUUAAGCUCAACAGGAAUAAAAUCUCUCGCGUCGCGCCGGAUUCCUUCGCCAGGUUAACCGAAAUGAAUAGCCUCGACUUGGGCAAAAAUCGGCUAGAGGGAUUACCGAGCGGUGCCUUUCGAGGAUUGAACAAGCUGGAGGAUCUUUACUUAAGUGAUAAUUGGAUAACAAGCGUCUCCAGGUCGCUCCUUUGCGACUUGAUCGGUCUGAAGCAACUCUAUCUUCAGCAGAACGAGAUCAGCGCUCUCGAGCCGGAUACGUUCAGGGAUCUAUCUCAGCUGGAACAACUGGACCUGAGCGAAAACAAACUGUCUCACAUUGUAGCCGGCACUUUUGCCGGGCUCUUCAAUCUGGGGAGACUCUAUCUUCAGCAGAGCGAGAUCAGCGCUCUCGAGCCGGGAACUUUCCGGGAGCUGUCUCAACUGGAAGAACUGGACCUGAGCGGAAACAAACUGUCUCACAUUGUAGUCGGCACUUUUGCCGGGCUCUCCAAUCUGAAAGAUAUUAAGCUGUUCGAUAAUGGCAUCCACACGGUGGACAAUGGCACUUUCGCUGAUCUCGUCAAACUGCAAAAUCUCUACUUCGGUGGCAACUUCGGUGGCAACUUUACUGAAAUCCGCAAAGAAGUCAGCGGCCUCCCAUAUGUCACAGUUUUUUAAUAAGGUCUUAAAGAUCUGUUUAUACCUCACAAAGGGACAAAACUUUGACUUCUUGAAUUUUGCUAAAUUUUUAGUACGUUACAGUACACUCCAUUCACUAAUAUAUAAGAUACAGCAACGGUCCAAUGCGCAAUAGUUUAUUUAAAUAUUAAUGUGGAAAAUGUUUUUUUUUUAUAUUAAUAAUAAAUAAAUCAUGCUUAUUCAAAGAAGUCGCAUUCAUAAAAUGUGCAAAUUCGUAAUGUGUCUUAAAUGUUUCUAUAAUAGAUAUUCUUCAAAAACAUGUACAGAUUGUAAUUAUAUUUAAUAGUGCACAAAGUGACUAAAGAUUAAUUGUCAUGGAAUGUAUUUUUGUUGCUGUGUAUGUAAACAAUUACGGACAGGAAAAAUUUUAAACAUUAAUAUUUUAUAAACUAUUGCGCAUUGGACAGGAUUACUGUAUCUUAUAUUAGUGAAUGGGAUGUAUACUGUAACAUAAAAAUUGAAGAGGUCAAGGAUUGGUUAUCUUCUUCUAAGCGUUGAAUGCUGCCCGACAUAAGAAAUAAAUAAAUACAUUUUUUAAUCUCAA